AUGCGGGCCUUCACUUGUGGAAUUGACGACCUGCGGUUGACACCGGAAGGCGAGGCCAACCGUAGUCGGGAGCUGAAUGGAGCUCAAGAUGCUGGGCUAGGAGUUGCUGCAGCCUAUGUCAGCCUCAAAGACCAAGCGCCGACAGAUAAAGAUCCCGAGCUUCUUCGCCGUCUUGAGGGUGUCAUGCGAGACGACAGCAAGCAGGAAGGCCUCGACUUGUUAAUGAACAAGAUGAGUGCUAGCGUUUCAAGCAGCGUGACCAAGGCAUGUCUCCCGGUCGGCCUUGAAAAGCCGUUUCCCCAUAACCACAUGCAAGCCAUGACCAUCUCUGGUGCCAAGGGAGGCAAUGUGAACGCAAACUUGAUUUCUUGCAAUCUUGGCCAGCAGGUUCUGGAAGGCCGACGGGUCCCACUCAUGGUUAGCGGGAAGUCUCUACCAUGCUUUCCCGAAUUUGACACAAGUUUGAGAGCCGGUGGCUAUAUUGUCAAUCGCUUUCUUACCGGUAUUCGUCCGCAAGAAUACUAUUUUCAUCAUAUGGCUGGUCGUGAGGGUCUCAUUGAUACAGCAGUAAAGACAUCGCGGUCGGGCUAUCUUCAACGAUGCCUGAUCAAAGGAAUGGAGGGUCUCGAAGUGGCUUACGACUCAUCCGUUCGUGACUCCGACGGUAGCCUGGUUCAAUUCCUCUAUGGCGAAGAUGGGCUUGACGUCACCAAGCAGAAAUAUCUCACCGACUUCAGCUUUGUGCUGCAUAACCUCGAAUCCGAAAUGUCUGAUUUUAAGUUUUCCGACCCUCGGACAGCGGGGCUAUUUGAGCACAAGGACGAAUUUUUCAAGCAGAGUAAACGCAUGCUGAAGAGAUCGAACGUGAACGCAGGUUUCGCCGACGAACCGGUCAAUGCUUUGGUCAAUCCUGCCAAGCACGCUUUUGCGAUGUCGGAGAAAUUUUUCGGCUUGAUGUCAACCUAUGUCCGCGAGAACAAGGACCGCCUCAUUAAGGACAAGGAAUCAAGAGGCGAUGACCAGUCUACUUCACGUCUGCCGUUCGAUCAAGCCUCAAUGGGGAAACGAUCGGUAGAGAGGGUGUUUGCUGCGAAGUACCUCCGGUCGCAGGUCGAGCCUGGCGAGGCUGUUGGCAUUGUCGCCGGGCAAUCUGUCGGUGAACCCUCGACGCAAAUGACCUUGAACACAUUUCAUUUGGCAGGGCAUUCCGCAAAGAAUGUCACACUGGGUAUUCCUCGUCUCAGAGAAAUUUUGAUGACUGCCAGUGCCAACAUUUCAACACCGGCGAUGACCCUAGUUCUUCGACCGGACUUGACACAUCAGGAAGGUGAACAUUUUGCGAAAACUAUUGGUAUGCUUCCACUCUCGCAUAUUCUCGACAAGAUAGCAGUCAAAGAGCGUGUCGGCAGGGGCAUUGGCCAUCCAUAUGCAAAGAUAUUCGACGUUCGGCUCGAUUUUUUCGCCUCGGACGAAUAUGAGGCAAUAUAUGCUGUUCAGGCGUCCGAUGUUUUGGAUACGGUUGAAAAGAGGCUUCUACCGGUGCUGCGAAAGCUCAUCACCAAGGCGACGAAGCAGAAUGAGAAAGGUCAAUCUAGCGCCAGCAUACCUGACGUCGGUGUCAAGGCAGGCGUGAUCGAAGUCUCUCGCACUGGUAACGAAGAUAGCCAUGGCGACGAUGAACAAAGGGACGACGGCAGCGAUGAUGACAAUGACGAUGGUGACAACGAUGCAACGAGUGCUAAGCAGCGCCGGAACCGAAACGAGGCUGUUUCAUACGGACCAAACGACGAGGAGGAUGAUGACAUUCGUAUUCGCAUGGAGCGGGAUGUCACGACGGAAGAAGAUCUCCCCGACGACGAAGGCUACGUGGGGAGCCCACCGUCUGUGAUGACUCACAAUGCUCAGGCAGGCGAAAAUGAACGUGCAAGUGAUAGCGAGGCAAGCGACGAAGAAGAUAGUGCGCAACCAGGUGGGGAUGUGCAAGGCGACACGGAACAGGGUGGCUCGGAGGCUCGCCAAGCCAGGGUCAAAAGUGGCAACACCAAUAUCACACGUUUCCGUGCAGACGAAAAUGCUGGUGAAUGGUGUGAGUUUGCGCUUGAACUACCUGCCGACUCUCCCAAAAUCCUGAUGCUCAGUGUCGUGGAAGAUGCGGUGCGACGAUCGGUAGUACGCCAAAUCCCCGGGGUGAAGUCUUGCACAUAUGUUGCCGACGAGGUUGUGAAGGACUCGCGUACUGGGAUAGAAGUUAAGGUCCCGGUCGUGCACACGGAGGGCACCAAUAUCCGAACCAUACAGCAAUUUAGCGAUUUCUUCGACCCCAACAAGUUGGCCACGAACGACAUUGUGGCCAUGUUAGAAGUUUACGGUGUCGAAGCCUGCCGGAACACCAUCAUUCGAGAAUUGAGCACAGUUUUCGUCUCUCACGGUAUCGGUGUGGACAACCGUCAUCUCAAUCUAAUUGGCGAUUUCAUGACCCGUGGUGGUGGCUUUAUGCCGUUUAACCGCUACGGUUUGAAAGGAAAUGUGAGCCCUUUUACGAAGAUGAGCUUUGAGACUACACUUGCAUUUUUGAAGGACGCAUUGGUCGACGGUGACUGGGACGGCCUCGUUACCCCGAGUAGCCGCAUUGUGAUGGGCAGACUGGGCAAGACAGGAACAGGCUCAUUUGAUGUCUUGACCAGUGUUCCAAUACAACACUUCGACCCGAUGCAAGGGCUUCGGACGACCUAG